AUGAAAAAAAAUGAACACGAUGUCGCGGAUAUCAAAGGAAGGUUACUAAAGCUUGAAGAACGGGAGGAGGUCACACAGCUUAAGGCCGAGGUUGACUACUUAGAAUGGCAAAGCCGUAAACUAAACCUGGAAUUCCACGGAAUUCCGCAAACUUACAAUGAGAAUUUAUUGGAAGAAAUAAAUGCGCUAGCAGGAAAGGCCGAGCUCCCACAACUUUUGCAACAUGAUAUUGUGGCGAUCUAUCGACUACCCGCUAAAAAAGGAAAAACGCCAGGUGUUAUUUGUCGCUUUGCCAAACAAAUGAAGCGAGAUGAAUGGUGGCAAAACCGAAAGAAGCUGAGCUGUGUAGAUGAUAAGUUGUUUUUGCAAGAAAACAUAACCAAACGAACUCGUGCACUUCUUUUUGAGGUGAAAAACUGGGCAAAGAUAAACGGUUUCAAAUACGUCUGGCAUCACAAUGGACGAGUCCUCGUGCGCAGAACUGACGGCGAAAAUGCGGUGGCCAUUUCAAGUUCUAGCGACUUGAGUAAACUAAGAUAA